AUGGGUUUUGGAUCGCCGGCCGGCAUGGACCUCUUCCAGGCGGCGCGCGCCGGCGACUGCGCUCGGCUCUCCCACCUGAUCGAAGGCGGCGCCGACGUGAACGCGUACGACCGCUGGGACUCCACCCCUCUGUACUACGCGUGCUUCGCUGGCCAUUACGAGGCCGCGCGGAUGCUGCUCAAGGCCGGCGCCAUCUACGUCGAGAGCACCUUGGAAGGCGAGCGGUGCUACCGCGGGGCGCUCAACCUGGGCAUACGAGGACUCCUCCAGGAUUACGAGGGGCGGCCGCCGCCCUCGCCUCCGUCGUCGCCUCCGCUCACGCGGCUUUCCGCCGCCUUUCUGUCGGCGUUACUCGCAAGCCCGGACAACCGCGUCGCCGCCGAAUCCACAGUCGCUCCAGACAUCACGCUGUACGUGGAAGGAAGACCCAUCGAGGCUCACCGGGUCAUCCUCGCCGCGCGGUCCCCAUACUUCCGUAGGAAACUCGCGACGGAGUGGAGAAAUCUCAAGGAGGUGACGCUCCCCAGCAGCCAUAGCCUGCCCUUCCGGGUCAUGUGCAGCCUCCGGGCCUUCUUCUACUCUGACUGGCUCGAGGUAUUCGCCGACGACUUGGAAGCUGUGGCGCGAGCAUGCAGAGCUUUCGAAGGCGAGGUGCUCCAUGAGAUGGCUAACAGAUUAGAUGCGCGCAGGUGGUUGUAUCGAGGUGCUGGAAAGAGGCACUCGGGUCCACAACGUUUCUUCUUGCAAGCGCAGCCUGAACAGCACCGCCUCCCGUCGGCUCUCCGAUUGAUCCUGCAGGACUGUCUUGCUAACUCCAGAGAAGAAUACCUUCAGAACAACUCCGACUACGACGAUCUUGCUGACAUACGCAUCAGAGCAGGCGACAGGGUCUUCCGUUGCCACCAUAUGGUUCUUGCCCUAAGGUCGGAGUACUUCAGAACCAGGCUGCCUCCACGAACCGAUGCUAUCGAACACAAUAACAAUCUCCUCGAGGAGCACGACGUGAGCCCAGAAGCGUUUGAGAAGAUGCUCGAGUAUGCUUAUACAGACGAGAUACAGCAUCUGGAUGACUAUCCGCUUGCUCGGGCGGACGAGCUUCUGGAUGUCGCGUCAAGGUACAUGCUGUUCCCGCUUAAGCCAAUCUUGACCGCCUUGCCGCUGCCAAGUCUGGAUCUGGACCAUGUCUCGCCGGCGCAGCUGUGCCGCUGGCUGAUGCUGUCGGACCUCUUCGACGCUCCCAAUGUUCGGGAGCACUGCCUGGACGUCGUCGCCUACAACUUCGAGGUGUUUGCAGAUGCAAGGGAGUUCCGGGCCUUGCUUCGGGCGUGCCGACGAGGCGCUCUUUUUCAUGAUCUGCGAGAGAGAUGUUUGGGAGCAGGAGCUGCUGGGCUAAAAGCUAAGGAUGAGAGUGUGGCACUGUUCGACGAGCGCCUGGAGAUGCUUGUCCUCGCUGCACAGCAAGAGGCAAAUGAUGACCAAGCCAGGUUAUCUAGUGUGCCGCCGCCUAGGUCCCGAGCUUCCUUGAUCCGUCAGAUUGCAACAAGAUUGAUGGAGGUACUCUUCUGCUGUAUAAUGCCGGCAGAGCAAGAGUCCAGCAGCAAGAGUAAUGUUUGA